GAACAGACCGUGGACAAAACCGAGAAAGUUUAGCUCAGGCGAGUGAAAAACACCCUAGGGUACGUUUCUGGGGGGGCUCCCCACGCGGAGCGCUUCAUUCCUCUUGGUCCGUAAGUGGAGGGCCAUGUUCUAGGGACCAAGAUAAGGGCUGCAGCGAACGUGGCCCCCCAGUUGGGCCGUGGCCACGCCGGGUCCCAGUUUUCCACGCCCUCGCACCGGGCACCCCGAGCCCAGCUGAAGUUUCUCAAGGCCUCCCUUCCCAGGGAGCCGCAAAGGCAGCAGCAGGGAGCUCAUUAUUUGACCUGGCGGGGGAGGGGGCGGGGGGGGGGGAGCGAAGCCACCUGCAGAGCCCGCGGAUGCUAAGCCGGCCCCUCUCCGGCCCCUUAGAAGUACUUUUCUCACCGGCCUCCCCCAGGCCCGCGGGCCACGGUGGGCGGGGCCAUCCAUCGCCAGCCCCGCCCACCGCCCCGGCCGCGCCCUCCGCCUGCCGCGCUUUCCCGGAGCUGCUGCCCCGCCGUCCAGGCCCUCCCGCGCCGCAUGGAGACCCCCGCCGCCCCCGCCCCGGAGACCCCCGUGGCCGCCCCCGACGGCGCUCAGUGUCCCAGGGUCCCCGGCUGGCGCAGAUGCCUGCGGGGCCUGCGGGGCGCGCUGCCGCCCGACGUGGGGCGCGAGGUGGUCGAGCUGAUGAUGCUCGCGGGCCCCGUGUUCCUCGCGCAGCUGAUGACCUUUCUCAUCAGCAUCGUCAGCUCCAUCUUCUGCGGACACCUGGGUAGGGCUGAACUGGACGCCGUUAUGCUUGCGGUCUCGGUUGUGAAUGUUUCUGGCAUUUCCAUCGGAACGGGCUUGGCCUCAGCUUGCGACACGCUAAUGUCUCAGUCCUUUGGCGGCAGGAACCUGAAGCGAGUGGGGGUCAUACUGCAGCGAGGCGUCCUCAUCCUGCUGCUCUGCUGCCUCCCGUGCUGGGCCAUCUUCAUCAACACUGAGAGCCUCCUGCGGCUCCUCAAGCAAGACCCCGAGGUCUCCAGGAUGGCCCAGAUUUACGUGAUGACUUUAAUCCCUUCUCUUCCUGCAACAUUCCUGUUCCAGCUGCAGGCAAAAUAUUUACAAAAUCAGGGCAUCAUCCUGCCUCAGGUUAUCACCGGGAUCGUGGCCAACAUCCUCAACGUGGGCAUGAAUGCCCUCCUGCUGUCCGCCCUGGACCUCGGGAUGCAGGGAUCAGCCUGGGCCAACACCACAUCCCAGUUCUUCCUGUGCGCGCUGCUCUUCCUGUACCUGCGGUGGAAGAAGAUCCAUGUCGACACGUGGGGCGGCUGGACCAUGGACUGUUUCCAGGAGUGGGGGUCCUUCAUCCAGCUGGCCAUCCCCAGCAUGUUCAUGGUGUGCAUCGAGUGGUGGACUUUUGAGGUUGGAACCUUCCUUGCAGGACUGAUAAGCGUGACAGAGCUUGGCGCCCAGGCCGUGGUUUAUGAACUGGUUACUGCAGCCUACACGGUGCCCCUUGGCUUUGGCGUGGCAGCCAGCGUCCGGGUGGGCAACGCGCUCGGGGCAGGGAAUCCUGAGCAGGCGAGGCACUCUGGUGUCACCGUCCUGCUGUGUGCAGGUGUCUGUGCACUUGUGAUAAGCACCGUGCUUGCUGCUUUAAAGGAUGUGGUUGCCUAUGCGUUUACCAGAGACAAAGCAAUUAUCUCCCUCGUGAGCCGUGUGAUGCCUAUUUUUGCUCCCUUUCAUCUAUUUGAUGCACUUGCAGGCACCUCUGGCGGAGUCCUGAGAGGCACUGGAAAGCAAAAGAUGGGGGCCUUCUCGAAUGCCAUUGGUUAUUAUGUCUUUGGUUUCCCCCUUGGAGUAUCCCUGAUGUUUGCUGCUCAUCAUGGGAUAAUAGGUCUCUGGUCCGGACUGACGGUCUGCGUGUCCCUGCAGACCCUCUUCUACCUGGUGCACAUCUGGAGGACGGACUGGACCAGCGCCGCCCAGCAGGCGCAGGUUCGAGCCGGGCUGCGCAGGGUCAGAGCGGCCGAGCCCACUGGCACAGAGCUGCCCAUCCUGGAAAAAGACGGGCCCCGCGGGGUGAUCCUGCCGGACGUCGUCCGACCGGAGCGCCAGGCCACGCAGCUGAUGGGGACGGAAGGCAGCGACCAGGACGCGGUGCCCACCGUCGGGGCGGUCCUGACUGGGGGCCAGCUGCUUCUCUACCGCGGGCUGGCUUGUGCCCUCGCGGUCGCUACUCUGGCCGCGGGAGUCGCAGUCAGGCUUCUCCACGGCCGCGGGUGACGCAGAGCCGUCGCCAGCCUGCGCCGCGGGGCCGCGCCUCGGCAGCCGCAGCGAGUUCGCCCUCAGCCGCGUGCCAAGGGGCAUCAGCGACGGCUUCCUCGUUGUCCCGCGGCGACUUCGCGCUGUCUGGCGGGAGAGCGGGGGUUACAGUUCUAGAGACCCAUCUUCCCCCAGCGCAACUCGGCCUCCGCGGGUGCUCCCUUCUGUCUUGUCUUGUGUUGAGGGUCUGUCCUCCCCCAGGACAGCGGGUCCCCGUCUGCCCAGACCCAGUGCGACAGCCUCUGCCUGUGGCGCUCCUCUCACUGAACCCGUCCCGCUGGGCGGGUGGACGGGGUGCUCGGAGGUCCUGUCUCGGGGAAGCUCUGAUAAAAUAAACACCUUAAAUGUC